AUGAAAAAGGACCGCAAAUCGUACCCUAAAAAUACAAACGCCACAGUACAAUUUUGGCUGGAAUUUGUUGAAGUUCCUAAAAAAACUAAGAUGAUUCCUGGCUGUUUAACUCGGUUCUUAUCUAAGAUUCCUCGUGAACAGCUGGAAACUGGUGUUGCCAUUGUUUUGAGGAUUCCUUCCUUAUUCAUUGUUGAACUCUGCUUCCGUACUGACCCUUUGAAAGGUGUUCCUGUUGAAGCGAAAGCUAAAGACAUACAUCUUGUCGCCAAUUUUAUCUAUUAUGCAGCUUUCAUCUUGGCCAUAACUCUUGCAGUGCUUCCAUUAAAAAAACUGGUCAAUUUUUAUAUGUACCUGGUUAGUGCCAUCCUGCUUGUUGUUGGGUAUCAUGUAUCAUUCUCUUAUGUGGAAGAUGAGAAAGUUUCUGGCCUUGAUAGGUCACCUUUCAAUGACUUGCCUGAUGACUCUUCACGGUUGUUUGCUCACAUCUGUACAAGUCAUCGGAUCACUGGCCAUCUAUGUCCUCUUCAUGUAUGA